AUGGCGUCCAUCGAUAAAUUGAGAAAAUUGAAACUAACUGAUUUGAGAGUUCUUGCAAUCGAGAAAGGGAUAGAUGCCAAUGGUAAAAAGAAACAGGAGUUGAUAGAAGACUUGUUAAACAGCCAGGUUCCAACUUCAGUUUUGACACCCGUACAUAACCAGUCAACACCCGUCAUUAAUCCAACGCCAACCAAGUCUGCCACCAACGUCAACGAUAAAGAGAACCUGCCUCCCUUUCAUCGAGUCAAAUAUCUGCCGCAACUACCUUACAUAAAAGUUUUGUUUACGAUGAUUUACGAUUUCCUGAUAACGAGAGCAACAGAGUCGAAAUGCUAA